UUCGCGAGCUGAGGAAAAGGUAGGGUUAGGGUUUCACUUAGAGAGAUGGACGGAAAAAGUUUAAGCUCAUUUUCAAUGGGGAAGAGUGCACAAGAGAAGGGCUUGCCAUAUGUGCCCGAGUGUUAUGUGAUUCCAACUUCCCAGCGUGCAAGUUUGACACCAGAUGUUGUUACUGUUCCCACCAUUGAUUUCGGAAGACUGAAAAAAGGCCCUGAUGAACGAGCACUUGUCAUAGGAGACGUUAGAACUGCUUGCCGUCAGUUGGGAUUCUUCCAAAUUGAGAACCAUGGUAUCCGUCAAACGGUGUUGGACGAGGCUCUUUCGUCGGCGACGGAGUUUUUCAAGUUGCCGGUUUCAGAGAAGGCAAAAUUCAUGUCUAAUGACGUUCACGGCCCAGUGAGGUACGGGACAAGCUUGAAGGAUGGGCUUGAUAAAAUUCAGUUUUGGAGGGUUUUUCUCAAACAUUAUGCCCACCCGUUGGCAGAUUGGAUCAAGUACUGGCCUAACAAUCCUUGUAAUUAUAGGGAAACAAUGGGCAAGUAUUGCUCAGAAGUGAAGAAACUGAGCAUGGAGAUAACAGAAGCAAUCACUGAGAGCCUAGGGAUAGGUCCAACCUACAUAAGCAAGAAAAUGGAAGAUGGAAUGCAGGUUAUUACAGUGAACUGCUACCCACCCUGCCCUAAUCCUGAAAUUGCACUAGGGUUGCCACCCCAUUCAGACUACAGCUGCUUAACCAUUCUUCUUCAGAGCAGCCCGGGACUCGAAAUCAUGCACACCGGAGACAACAAAUGGAAGCAAGUCCCACAGCUUCAUGGUGCUCUCCAGGUUCAUGUGGGUGACCAUUUUGAAGUACUAAGCAAUGGAUUGUACAAGAGUGGUGUGCACCGAGUCACGUUGAACAGUGACAGGACAAGAAUCUCCAUUGCUAGCCUGCAUAGUUUGGGAUUGGAGGAGAAGAUGGGCACUGCCAAUGAGCUUGAGAGUGAAGAGAAUCCUGGGAGGUACAAAGAAAGCAGCUUCAAAGAUUUUCUGAAUUUUCUCGACAACAAUGAUCUAGCAGAAGGGAAGACCUUCAUUAACACACUCAAAGUUGAUGAAAAUAAAUAAAUAAAUAACAUUAUCUUAAUCUA